GAGCGACAGCGGAGCCGGCAAGCCGCUCUCCGUUCUUUCUUCUCGCAAUGACGGAACAGGAUCAGAAUGCGAUGUUCGCGCGGGUGGCGUCGGCGUUCUUUUACGGGCUGUCGUCGUUCAUGAUAACGGUCGUUAACAAGACCAUCCUCACGUCGUACGGCUUCCCGUCCUUCCAAGUGCUGGGGAUCGGCCAGAUGCUCGCGACGAUUCUGGUCUUGUUCAUCGCCAAGAGGCUACGCUACGUUGAAUUCCCCAAUCUGGAGGUGACAACCUUCCCCAAGAUAUGGCCACUACCACUGAUCUAUAUCGGCAACAUGAUCUUCGGGCUGGGUGGCACCAAGCAGCUGAGCCUGCCGAUGUUCACCGCUCUUAGACGAUUCAGUAUCCUCAUGACGAUGAUUGCAGAGUACUACAUUCUCGGUAUCAAGGCGAGAAUGUCCAUACAAUUAAGUGUUUACACCAUGAUCCUGGGCGCGGUGGUAGCUGCGCUAAACGAUCUCGCCUUUAAUCUCGAAGGCUAUAUUUUUAUCCUGUUGAACGAUUUUUUUACCGCCGCCAAUGGUGUAUAUAUGAAGAAGAAGCUAGACUCAAAGGAAUUAGGAAAGUACGGACUGAUGUAUUACAAUUCCUUGUUCAUGUUCGGCCCAACGGUUCUAUUAGCCUGGUGGAUGGGCGACUUGGUUCUGGCGCUAGAGUUCCCUAAUUGGAGGAAUCCAUUUUUUAUUCUGCAAUUUACAUUGUCGUGCAUAAUGGGUUUUAUACUGUCAUAUAGUACGCUCCUUUGCACGCUGUACAACUCCGCGUUAACCACCACCAUAAUUGGAUGUCUGAAAAAUAUAUGUGUGACGUACCUUGGCAUGGUGAUUGGUGGUGAUUACAUAUUUUCAUGGUUGAACUUUGUAGGGCUGAACUUGAGCGUGAUAGGUAGUUUAGUGUACACUUGGGUAACGUUCCGUAAGAGAGAAAAACCAAAGUACACCUUAUUGACCGAAUCUCAGGCCAGUAGAAUACAAGCUGUAUGAUUGUAAGUUUUUGUGCUAUAGAAAUCUGAAUGUGAUGAUGUAUCUCUCUGUAUAAUACAAAGCAUUUGUACAAAAAGAUUUAUAAUUUAACUAUAGGAAUCAUGUAACAGCUAGUGAUCUUUAUUUACGUGUAAGAUAAGAUAAAUCGUUAUAGCACGUAUGUUUUUUCGUUCUGAACAGUGAACAGGGUGAUAGCUGUUACAAAUAUUUUUGUUCCUCUCGUGUCACAAAGUGCUUUUUAACUUAGUUAGGGAGCGACAUGAAUAUUGACAACCUGACUGUAAUAUGUACCAAAGUAAAAAUUAUCAUGUUACCAGAAGUAUUACACUAAUUAGCAAACAUUCAGAUUAAUUAGGAUAUAAACAUCGCCAUGAAAAGUUAAAUGUAAUCUACAUGCUGAUUUGUACACACAUAACGGCGCUACUUUAAUG